UUCAGCCAAAGAUUACCUUGUGCUUCUGAUACUGUCUUUUGUUUAACCAGCGAAAGACACUGUAGUGGCAUUUUUUCAGCGUUUAUCCUAAAGGGAAGGGUUAUUAAAUGAACGUCCAAGGCAGAAAUUCGCAGCAGAGUUGGCGGCACGCACCGUUCUCGGGACGCUCUCUGCCGGCUCGGCUCGCUCGCCUUGCUCGGCCGUCCGUGCGUGCCAAUCAGAACUCGGGCAAGAUCUGGGGCGCUGAGGAUGAGAAUGCAGCUCAGGUUCGGCGACUCAUCAACCGUGACCGCAAAGAGUUCUUGGGCAACGCCCAGGGUGAUAUCCUGGAGAAAUACAAAGUAGAGCUAGGGGAUGCCUCAUCAGAACCCAGCUCGAGCCAGGGUCCAACAAUUGGAGCGAAUACGCCGAACCCUUUCAGCAGCGGUGCUGGUGCGAGCAAUCCCUUUGGGUCGGCACCCUCGGCGUCGCCAUUUGGUAGCAGCCCCAGCAGCACUGCCAGUCCGUUUAAGUCAACAAUUGAGCCAGCCGGCUUGCGGCCAGAUAUGUCUCCUGACCCCUUCGUGAAAGAAACGCCCGUUAGCUUCCUCAAAAGCAUAACGCUUACGCAAGUGGUCUUAUUCUGCUCCUUCUCCCUGAUCAUCUUGCUCAUGCUGGCCACCUUCAAUGUUGUUCUCAACACCGGUGCCAUCCGUCUGGCUGGCAUUGAUUGAUCAACUGUCUGGUUGUCAGGAGAUGAACGCGCUGACGUUGCGUUUUGACAGUGGUGGGAUGCCUACGCUGCGGUAGCCGUGCGGAGCCAAUUUUUGGAACGAUUUUGGGGGCGAGCUUGGGCAUGCUGUACAACGGCAUGUUAGCAAUGAUUGAGCGGAGAGGAGGGAUUGAGAAUGGUCGUGUUCUAUGCGAUUUACGCAUCCUGUGUUCUUGAGUCAUAGUUGUUGGUCUUGUAUGCAUGUGCUAUGGCCGCUAGGGUUGAGAUGGUUUAGGGCUGGACAGGCAAACACGAGCGGCUUCUGUAGAGGUUGCGGUUGUGGUUGCUGCACUUGUGGACAUUAGACAUAUUUGUUUCUCAUGUUAGACUCCGGAUUGAAGCCAUAUCGUGUCGCUGCGCUGCAGCGGAAUUCUAGAUUCUUCUUCUAUACAUUGUAUAAGUCAUGCUCGGAGUCUUAUGUAAUGAAUAAAUGGAAUG